CCCGCACGCUUUCGUCACAGUCGUUUCCAUUACUAAGAUACAAAAAUAGAAGCGACUGGCCGCUGCCAGUAACAGUCCAGGGGCAACAAAUGUAGUUCUCGUUUACAGGUAUGCAGAGGACCGAGCGUGCUUAUCGCUUAUCUUAUCGCCGGGCGGAUCGUGUGGAAUGCCCUUAUCUAAUCUGACAGCGCCGCAUUAAAUAUUGAAAAUAUCGACAGCACAGCGUCGACUACAAUUACGACUACGACCACAACAUCGGCGAUCGUCCGCAGUCUUAACAAGUCCAGCGUCGAGAGAAUUCCGCACGCGCUGUCCGAACACACAACAAGAAAAUAGCCCGUAUCCCAGUGAACUCUGUCAAAGCCUGCCCGCUCUCGCCAUCUCGCCAUCUCACCAAUCCGCCGGUCAACAUGCAACUGCAACGCCUGAUUCUCGCCGUGGGAUGCGCUCUGAUACUGCUGCUCGGCCAGUGCAGCCAAACGACAGAGGCGCGUCGCCUUAUCUUCUACAGUCCGCACAGCAAGACGCUUACCGGCCAGCUGCUCAUCUCCAGCCGGGUCAAGCGACCCUGUCCAGCGGGUAAAAUGCGCGAUCAUCGUGAUCGCUGUCGGCGCGCCGUGAUCUUUGCGCGAAACAAGUGAGCGUCAAGCUGGGCAGAGAAGUCGUCUUCUCCGGGUUAUUUUUUUUCGCUAGGCAUUUACGUUUUAAUUUAUUGUAAUUAUACUGUAGUAAUGUACCAUGUUCGCUCUUAGUAUUUAUUAAUUAUUGUAAUUUAUGCACACCCCUGCAUUAGUAUUAACAGUUGUAAGCAGUGUAAUGCAUGUAGCCACAUGUAGACAAAUAAAACUUACGUAUACCUUAUAAAGAUGUGCACUUUUCCCGGGCAAGAGACCCACAGUGUAGCCACUCUACACAAGCAUUGCUAUAACAGCUGACUCUGAGAUAGUGCAAAGUGACAGCGGGGGAAGAGACUCUCAGCGCUUGACAAUGUCAAGGCAAGGAGAUUCGAUCUACGCAAACAGUUUCUCGCUCUCUGUAUAUUAGGCAAGAGUUCACUAUUGUUAAAUAUCGAACUAUGGUCAAAAGGCCAACGUGACGUAUCUCUCAAUUUCCUGGAAAGCGAGUAGAACUAUUGACGCUAUGAAGUAAUCUAGAUCUGAGUGUGCAAAGGCAGGAGAUACGCUUCAAAUGACUAGCUCGCCUAGUAUAUGUUAUCUGACUUGGUUCGUCUUGGCCUGACUUGGUUCAUUACCCCGAGAUUAAAACUAUUUUCUAUAUUCUAUCUGCCAACAUACAUAUGCACUAGCCGGGUAUACCCUGCGCUGGGCCAUGCCCAAUUGGUAAUCAGAAUAAAAAUUGAGAUAUGUGUUUUAUGAACGUGUUUUUAGCACUGCUUGAAUGACAUGAAGCUGUCGAACGCUCCGCCCCACGGCAUUAGCCUAUAAUGAUUGGCAACACGCUGAUGUCAUCAAAACUUUCCAUUCCUUUUCAAAUGGCACAAUCUUUAGUCUGAAGCCAAUCAAACAAUGAUCCGCCCUUUCACUGGCUUCUAUCUAACCCUAGUUUCAGAUACUCUUGU